GAUACCGCUCGACCGGGGAGCCCGAAUUGCAAUUGUGAUGUCGACGAGAUAGCAGGCAGCGAGCGACCAAUCCCAUCCCAUCUCCCGGGGGAACACGAGCUUUGGACUCGAACCGUGCGCGCGUGUGUAUGUGUAUGUGUGUAUUUUUGUACGUGCGUGCGUGAUUUCGUGCGUGCUUCUUCUGUUCAGCGUGUGUGCGAUCGCAUUUUGUGCGUGUGCGUUGACAGAGAGCCUAUUUUUUUUUUGGGCGUGUGAAGGAGUGAGUGACCUUUGACCUGUCUUCAAGGGAACAAACAUACCCGCAGCAAAGAAAACGGCCCCCCAUUCGGUGAAGGUGUGCAAUCAACGUUUUGUUCACUGUGCCGCCGUCCGCUUUCGUACCGUUCCGUUCCUGAGAUCGCCCCGUAGGAUCAUCGUUCCCUUUCUGCAGCAUCCGUCACUCACGUUGCCAGCGGCUAGCACGGCUCUUCCAUACAACACUUUUCGUUCGUGAAGUUUGUUCGUCCGGCCGACACUCCUGAUUAGAUUCGUUCGCGUUCGCGUGUGAUGUUUUAUCGGCAAACCCUGCACUAAUCGUCCUCGCUCACCGAAACAAACUAUUUCCACAAGCGUAUCAGCAAGCAAAUGCUUAACACAGAGAGAGAGAGAGUACCUAACCUCCAAAUGCUCAGUAUCGUAAGCGGAUUUAUGCUAGAGAAAAGAGUGUUGUGAAUAUUAGUGAAAUUCCAACUCCUCUAAUUUAAUCGAUGUUGGCAGAUCGUCGCGAGACAGAACGCCAUGCUGUAAAGUUGAGUAUCAAACAGUGCCCCAGAUCAUCAGAUUCUGCUACGAACGAACAACAAACACGGAACAUUUGCACUAGUGACUUGCAUCUUAUGGGUGACAGCUGUCAAAGGGGGAAAAAACACUUAACGCUCUAAAAGUACGAAGCAGUGCCAGGAACCGUAUCCCGUUCCGAUCGACUGACGGUUUGAAUGUGUACUACCGAACGGAUUGGAUGCUGGAUUGAUUUUAUCUUCAUUUUCAACAAAAACUGCUCGAAGAGCGGUGAUCCGUACCGUCGGUGCCAUCGAAGGAUUUCGGUUCCCAGCGUCUUGAUCGAGCCACUGCUAAACCUCACACUGCAUAAAGAUGCGCUCCACCUUUGUCGGUAUGAAUUCCGUCCUGAUCGUCGCGGUGGUUGUGCUGCUGCUGCUGAACGAAAGUAAAGCCACCUCCACACCGAACAGUGAUGCGUUGAUCAGCCAGCUGACGCGCUCGCGCUACUGCGGCCGUCGCCUUACGGAGACGCUUGCCUUCCUCUGCCAGGGACGAUAUCCGAUGCUAACCCACUACCGAACCGAUUACGUCCACGACCAGCAGCGGGUAAAGGUUGAGGUAGCCACACUGCCCGAUACACUACCGCCCGGCUUCCCGUAUCCUGGGGCCGGUGUGCAUCGGCGCAGCCGGCGCAGUUCCGGCGGUAUCUACGACGAGUGCUGCAAGAAGAGCUGCUCCUACGUCGAGCUGCGUGCGUACUGUGAUUGAACGGGAAAUGGGCGGCCGCGUGCCGGUGCUGCCGGAUCGGGCAACUGGAGACAGCCGACGCGCUGUUCGUCGUCAUCAACUGCUUGCGUAUUAUUCUAUCCAGUUUAGUUUUUUACAUUUUUUUCGCAAAUUUUACUCGCACUUUGCCCUACAAUUCGUGUUACGCCAAGGUAGAUCAAUUACAACGGAGCUUUUUGUUUAUUUUACCUAGGAUAUUACAAUUAGCUUGCGACCACUCUUUUCCUGUACUCGAUACUUCCCAAAUACGAUUCUAUAUGAGCAACUGGAGACCGUUUGGGCAUCUCAAGCGUCUCGUCCUUUUUUUAAUUACUCUGUGCUUUAUUACUAUAGCGUGCGUACCUUCCACCGCUUUCCUUUAAUCUUGCAAAGUGGGGACGAUCUGUCAACGUUUUAUACACUCAAAUAUACCACACACACCAUUCUAGCGUUCUUUGGCAGGAGUUUUCAAGAACAAUCCGGACUUGUUUGUUUUCUCACAAUAUACACACAUGUAUACACACAUUACGAGUAACGAUAAUAUAGCGCUUCUGUGUUACGAACGGAACGCGUGACGCGGAAUCUCGGUAUUCGGUAAGCUCGGUCCUUUCGGUCCUUUCCGACCGUUCCGGAACGGCUGCAGAACACGAUGUUCAACCCAUCAUACUGGUGGUGGUCCCGCUCACUGGUGCCGAGUUCCGUUCCGCUACCAUUCGAUUUCGAUAGUAUAUACAUUUACAUAAAUAUAUAUUUAGUACACGGUCAAGGGUAUGAGAUGAACGAUGAAGAGAUGAAGGUGUACUGUGGGGAGGGAGCUGUUUUGUAGGAGCUUUUGCCGUGUUAAAUAGCACGUGCGGUAACUUAUUCGCUAGCACUCGCUGGUGGCCGGUUCGCUGGCGAAACAGUUUACGAGUAGGUCGGAAGGUUCGUGCUGGUGGUGUGUUUGUCUGCGGGUCUGCUCGCACCACGCUCGGCACCGUUGCGCAUUUAGACGAGCCAUUCGGCAGAGACAAGAUAUUAAAAGGGAAUCAAAAGGGCGUUUAAACAUCGAUGUAACGAUGAAUUACGUGUCAGGACUUAUCGCGUGUGUGUGUUUGUGUGAGCGUGAAAGUACUCGGGGGAAGCUGUUAGGCAAGCGGUUCCGAUGGUAACGGCAACAACAGUCAGGCUUAGGCAUGCAAUGCGCGAUGAAAGAUUUAAAAAAAAGUAACGGGACCCAUACGUACACCUUCGGCCCGCCGCCACUCUCCUCACCCCCACCCAACCCUAUGCCCUAUGUGUCCUCUGAACGAAUGUGAUCGUAUAUGCCUGUGUAGGCUCUCCUCUCUGUCCUAUCAAUAGGGUAAGCCGUGGUAGUAGAUUUAAUUAAAGUCAACUUCAACCAUUAAUGAACGACAGCAAACGACA